AACGCUCGCUCUGGCCAGUACUGACACGAGAGCAAAGGAGCGUUUCAUCAUCUUUUUCACCUAGUGACUGUGUUUCUGUGCAAUUUCGUGCCUUUCCGUUCGGUGGUGUUGAAACAUCGCAAGAAAAACUGAACCACCGAGCCACCAGUCGUCGCAGUUUUCGGUUGUUGAACAGUGGAAAUGAGCACAACACCCGAAGGAAGGGCCGUAAUUGCUGCAACAGAAGAAUGAAGGUGGUGAAGCGAACGUGCUGAAAGCGGAAGAGGCACCAGACGACCAGUCAGUCAUACGAUCCUUGUCUCUUUGUCGACCUUGAAAAAACGUGUGUGUCCGUGCGUUCACGGGGGGAAGAAACAGUGAGUUUCCUCGGGUCCUGCACCACAUAAAGACCGCCGUACGGGUGCAGUGAAUCAGCUGUGUGUAUGUGUGUGACCGUGCGUGCGUGAGUGUUAGUGGGUUGUGUGCGAUAGUGUGUGAAACAGAAAGGCGGCAGUGCGGCGAGCCCCCCUUUUUUUCUAAACAAGCAUCGAAACUUGCAGGGCGCAGCAAGAUGUGCAAUAUGUUAACUUUCUCGAAGCACAGUGAGCAAGUGGCAACUACUAAUACAUACGAAAUCCGCACCUCGUACGGGUUUACGUCAUAUCUGACCGCCCUUAUCAGUCGCUAGAUGGGACGGUGUGUUGUGUGGUGGCAGCAGUGGUAGCCGUUUUUUUGUAGCAGUCCGGAUCGUCGCAGCAACGCACGCAGCAACGAAACAAGGCGCAAGCAAAUUAACGCGCACUAGCACCCCUGCCGAACGACCGCACCAAGCAGCGCCGUAGCCAGAAGGCCAGGUCAGGAGAAACAGCACGAGUAAACGAAGCAACCGACGGUCGCUGUGCGAGUUAGCAACAGCGAAGACAGCAGCAGCAGCAGCAGCAUCACAAUCCGCAAUCGCCUGCUUCGCUUGUUUUGCAGUGUCUUUCGGUGAAACCGGAUGUAUGGCAGGACAGGACGGCGACUCCGCGUAGUUGCACAGAACAACGCGCCCGGAAGUGAAUCGUUACUCGGUUGAUAUCCGCGCUGUAUAUAAUGUAUAUACCUUUCUUCCUUCCGCAAUCCUUUUUCUGCCUUACUUCCGUUGCUUUACUGAACACCCGACCGUCUGCAUAGAAGGCGUGAACGUUUUCCCCCCGCAAAAAGAACAACCACCUAACUCCGCUCGUUACUGGAUCCAGGAUCCGGUUCAAACGAGUCAUCAGCACACGUACCAGCAGCGCUGACGAACAUUCACGAUUUUUGUUUUUCACGGGCAGCUCGCACUCGUGACCAUAUGUUUAAUGGAACAGUAGUCUAAGGGUAGUAAUAUUAAUUGCUGAUCGCAAAGAGACCCCUGCAGCGCGCAGCGUUCAUCACACAAGUUUGAACUGUGCACGACGCCACAAGUGCUGUAGAGAGUUGAGUCAGUGUGCAGAAUAUUCCCACGAAAUGGCAUCAUCGCUGAAGAACCACAAGACGGCUGCGGCCGCCGCAGCAGCAACGGCCGGAGCAGCCGGUGCCGGAAAGGGCAACUUCGGAUGGUUGGCCCACGUAAAGUACGAACAUCUGGUGGCCGGAAUCUCCGGUGGUGUAACCUCGACCCUGCUGCUGCACCCGCUGGAUCUGAUCAAGAUCCGAUUUGCCGUCAACGAUGGGCGAACCGCCUCGGUGCCACAGUAUCGAGGGUUGACCAGCGCGUUCAUGACCAUUUUCCGGCAAGAAGGCUUCCGUGGACUGUACAAAGGAGUCACGCCGAACAUGUGGGGCUCUGGCAGCGCGUGGGGCUUCUAUUUUAUGUUCUACAAUACGAUUAAGACAUGGAUUCAGGAUGGAAACACGGCUCAACCCCUGGGACCUACGCUGCACAUGCUGGCCGCAGCCGAAGCGGGUGUUCUAACGCUUGCCAUGACCAACCCAAUCUGGGUGGUGAAGACGAGGCUGUGUCUGCAGUGCAAUGAGCGAGCCGGCAGCAGUACCGGUUAUGCCGGUAUGGUUGAUGGGCUUACCAAGAUCUACCGCACCGAGGGCAUCCGAGGAUUGUACAGGGGUUUCGUACCGGGAAUGUUUGGCGUAUCGCACGGAGCGCUCCAGUUCAUGACAUACGAGGAAAUGAAGAACAAAUACAACCAGCACCGCAAACGACCGAUCGACGCCAAACUGACGACAUCCGAGUACUUGACGUUUGCCGCCGUGUCGAAGCUAAUCGCAGCCGCCGGUACCUAUCCGUACCAAGUAAUCCGGGCGCGCUUGCAGGAUCAGAAUCAUAGCUAUAAGGGCACCUGGGAUUGUGUGAAGCUGACAUGGAGAUUUGAGUCGUGGCGCGGAUUCUAUAAAGGUCUCGGUCCGAACCUGACCCGGGUCAUCCCGGCGACGAUGGUUACGUUUGUAACGUACGAAAAAGUAUCACACUAUCUGUUGGAAAGAAGCAAGGCCAGGAGCAUAACGCACUAAACAGGGAACGGAAAGAAAGUGUCGUCUUUUGUGCUCACUCUUCGGGUCGGUUAAAGUAUGGUUAACGUGUUAAUUAUGCCAGCUUAGGCAGCUAUGCAGCUACUAUGCAGUUUAUCCUUAAGCAAUGUUAUAUAUUACUGCACAAAGUGAGGCGAGACGAGACCACACGACGAUGAAGCUUGCCAUUGGUCGUUCGUCUACAAAGUUACCAAAAAUUAUCCCGUACACCAUGUGUCUAGAAAGACAAGCAGCAUAUCGUGCUUCUAGUUCCUUUAUUUCAUAGUUCCUUUCAAAGUAAGCAGACAGCUGAUACGCUGAACCGGUGCUAUCUUAUGUCCCGGUCUAGCUUUCCCAGUACAGGACGAUUUCGAAAGCGCCAAAAAGCGUUUCCCCUGAACACACAGUUGCGUUCUCUACUUCGCUACAUACCAUGCCAUACACCGGGCGGGCACAUCACAUCAAUCGGCUGACGGAUAUUGUCUUAACAGUUUUGAGCAUUUCGUACAUUCGACGAAGGAAUAUGACUUCAAGGUAUAAAUUUCAAGGUACAGUAUAACGUCGUCAGUAUAAGACAACUGGACAUGGCCUGCAUGUGGAUGUUUUAGCAUACAAUGGACAACAGCAAAGCGUUCGUCUACGAUGCAGAAGAUGUCGCGAUCGCGAAACGCAUCUUGGCAACAAGAACAGUAUAGGAAAUAUACUUCCUCGCGUAGGAAUGUUAGAUUAUAAA